AAAAAAAUUGUGAUUACAUAAAGUAACGUAACAUUGUGCGCACGAUUCUUUGAUAGUUUAUUCAACUUUUUGACAGUUAUUACUAUUACUAUAGUCUAUAGAUUACGUCUAGUCACCAUGUUUGAUAUACGGUAACGUUAGGUAAAUGUAAAAUGGCGAUGUAUACAUAUGAAAAUUGAUAUUUACGAAGUAUUUUCUCAGCGUGUCAUUAUUAUUUUUGUGAUUUUCUUUAAUUGUGCUUACUAAAAACUUCAUUAUGGAAAAGAAUAUUGAAAAAACUUUAGAUGAAGUAAAAAACAAUGAAACUACAAUUGGUUGUAUUUUGGUUGAUCGUGCAGGAUUAUGUUUAGGAGUCAAAGGUAAUGCCUCAAGUGAUAGCGCUGGCAUUAUAGCAGCCAUUGCGGAUCAAGCUGCUAAAUUAGAAUUUUCUUCAACUUUUCCAAUCGUCACUAUCCAAAAUGAUAACAGGAAAUGUCUUAUUCAACGACAAGGGCCAGUAGUUGGUGCAAUAUAUAAACAUGUCGCAAGUUAAUAUUAUUCUCUUUGGCCUUGUUUUUAAUUAAGAUAUCUUAUAAAGUAUGAUAUAUUUUGUUAUUUAUUCUCAUACACAUAAGGAGGAAGAUAAUUUCGUGCCCAGUUAUAUCAUAACAAACAGUAUCAUCGCUUUCCAAGUAUAGGAAAUAGAAAUUAUUAUUAUGAUUUUGAAAUAUUAUUGAAUCGCACCACAAUCUUAUUUUUAAAGAAGGAUGCAAAUACUAAUAAAUUAUUUACACUCUGGGAAUUUAAGGU